UCCACCAAAAAUGGUUACAUCUCUGAUUAUGAGAAGAAUUACUGCGAAGUUCGGUUGCCGUCAAAUCUGUUGAUUCCAGCACCCACUCAAUGUCCGGGAACUCCCUUCUCGAAGAUCUUCAGAGACACCGCUUUGACAAUGCACAACAACUUCAGGGCCUACGUAGCUAUGGGGCGGGCAAGAAAUGGAUACAGUGGGUCCUUUGCACCCCAAGCGACGCUUAUGUACUCCUUGAAGUAUAGCUGCGAUGCGGAACGGUAUGCUUAUUACCAUGUUCUCACAUGUGAUCGGCAACUGUCACCAGUUGCUUCACGACCAGGCUGGAAAGAAAACUACUACAUUUACUACAAUACCUAUGUAGACAAUAUGGGAGCUCUCACGGCGGCGAUCUCAAAAUGGCAAACCCAACUUGCGUAUAAUGGACUGCCCCAGGACAUGAUCUUCAGGAGGUAUAUGCGCCAAGCGAAAACAAGGAUUGUGAGGAAAAUGACUAAGAUGAUUUGGGCAAGGAACCAGCAAGUUGGAUGUGCUGCGAAUUACUGUGGAUCGUUCUACUUUAUUUCCUGCAUGUACCAAGAUUUCGUCAACACUAUCGACGAAAGCAUCUACACGCCGGGAGUCGCCUGCGAUGCAUGUCCAGCCGGAAAGGACAAGUGUCUUGCAGCAUCUGGACUUUGUCCAUGGUAG